AUGUCAAAUUGGCUAGCCUGCUGCCUUCAGGACCAGGCUUCUUGUUAUGCUUGCCCCUCAUCGCGAAUUUCUCUCGAUAAGACUACUUACUACCUCCAAUAUGUCCUCAUGGAUUGGCACGAUAGUUCAUGCCGGCGACUCGAUCUCGCCGAUUUUGGCGAUGGCAUGUGCUGUAUGAGAUGUGGAUCAAUCCGUCCAACGCACCCCAUCCUACCACCCAUACACAAAUCCGAGAUCAGACUGCUGCGCCUCUUACCAGGAGUCUUUGAUGAUGGCGUCGAGUGCGAGAUUGUAAAGGCGGAACUUUGCCUGUUGCCCGAGUACGAGGCCAUAUCGUACACUUGGGCAGACGAGACGGGGGAUGCUAGCCACUGCCAGACGAUUUCCAUAUCCGGCAAGCCCUUCCUGGUUACUAAGAAUUGUGAGAUGGCACUGAAGCGGGUUCGAAUGCGCUACUAUACACGGGUGAUCUGGAUUGAUGCAAUCUGCAUUGACCAGGACGACAUUCAAGAACGUGGCCACCAGGUUGGCAUCAUGCCACAGAUUUAUUCUCAGGCCAAGGGCGUCCUAAUGUACAUUGGGGAGCAAUCGUCGUCGUCCGGUGAUAUGGGCCCAGGAACCGCCGGGUUUCUUUCCAAAGAUUUAAAGUCGGUCGAUACAAUCUGCUGGCCUGCUCUAUUAUCGACAAGGUACUUUACGCGGCUCUGGAUCCUCCAAGAGGUUGCCCUGGCCCGUCGAGCCACGCUCAUGUGGGGUGGUUUUUCCGCGGCCUGGAGCUCUAUUCUUGAGAAGAUGGAUUUCCUGAUCACGGAGAAACUCCCGCCGGUUUUUCAUCGCUUCGACUACAGGACCUUUUCUGGCCCAGACCAAAUCCUGAACCUCCUGCUCGUGGCACAAUCUUGCAACGCCUCCGACCCGCGAGACAAGAUAUUCGCACUCCUUGGACUGCUUCCGUCUCGUCGCAUAGGAGAUAUAGAAGCGGACUACAGCAUCGAGGCUCGAGAAAUAUACAUCCGGGUCGCCGUAUAUCUUGCCUCAAACAUUGAUUGGCUGCAAAUCUUGUUUCAUGCCGGCACAGAGGCUCACGAGGGUGGACAAGUCCCCGGGCUGCCCUCGUGGGUUCCAGAUUGGAGCGCCCCCGUGGCCCAAAAGGUCCACUCGUAUACUAUUCGAUCCCGAAUCCAAGCAGGAAUUGCGCCAUUGAUUGAUGUACUUCCAAUGACAUUUGCGUAUAAUGAAUCCGAGAAGAGCCUCAACGUGAGGCUUCUCCGUACGCCACAUAGGGCACACGAAUGGCAUGCUUGGACGGAAGAGCUCUCGGUACCAGAAGACCCUUGCCUCUGGUUCCCAUUGGUCACUCGGACAUCCUUGUUCGAGUCAGUCAGUGACAUCAGAUCAGACUUUUGUAGAGAGUAUAGCAUCGAGGACAGCGAGUCUAAUGACAGGGAGUUGUGCUUGACCAGUCUGAAGUUUGGCCUGAAAAAGAUUAAUGGAUCUCGGUACACUCUCACGGGGAUACCUGAGCAGUACACCUUUCUAAACGAACAUCAAGGCGUGCCCAUAACCUCGGCUGUUCAGUUCUUGACAAUGACUUUGAGUUUUAAGAACCUGAAAACGAUACUCAGACUAGCUCGGGACACCCUCCAUACUCCUACAUCUUACUGGUCAACCAACUGGGACAAUGUUGUGGAAGUUGUGCACCUUGUUGAGGAGCUUGCCAGUCUGUUUGAGCCCUUGCAGGACCAACGACUUGAGCAGCUGUGGAUGACAAAGUUCAUGGCGGGAGAGCUCAUUGCACUAGACAAGACAACCUUUUUCAAGGACGACUCAGACACCAUUGCCCCGGACGAUACACAGGAGCUGAUGAAGAGAUUGAAUGAUGCAUUAUGGUGUAUGAUGAUUCGAGCCCACAAUACCUAA